AGCAUCGUAGAAAAUAGAGAACUUCAAUUUGUAUUUUUGUUUACCAUUUUUGAGAUACUAUUCGCUGAAAGAGAAACAUACAUAAGAGGGGCGUAUGAUUUGACAAAAACGCCCUUAAUCAUUGGUCAAGACUCUCAAGAGUGUUGCAGAUAAGGUACAGAUCAGAAACCACCUCUAGAAAUCGAGCAAUAGAUCUCUCUCUCUCUCAGACAAAUCCAACCGAGUUGGUGGGUCUCACUAACUCUUUAACUAGUUGCCUGACAAUUCGCCACGUGUCGAACAUCCUGAUCAGUUUCAGUACUAUUGCCCCCACCGAAUCAUUAUCUCCCCCUCGCUCACUCGCUUCGCUUGCUUGCUGUAAUAAUCUCUCUGCUUCCUCCUAGCUCUUGUCCCUUUCUGUCUGAACCUGGCAAGAAGAACCUUAGCCUCUCUUUCUUCUUUCUCUCUCUCUGUGUUCUCUGUUCUGUUUCAACUUUACUUUCUCUGUACAAUUUCCCUAUCUAGAUGAUAGAUAAAACCGAGAAGGUUUGAGAGAUAGAAUCUUUUGUUCUUCUUUUGUCUCUCCUUGCUAGAUUUUGUUACGUGUGAAGCAAAAAAAGAAAAAUUGAUAUAGCUAUAUCUUCCAUUCAUUCAGAGGCUUCUAAAUCUGAUCUGACAUGGAACAAGUGUUUGCUGAUUGGAAUUUUGAAGAUAAUUUUCACAUGUCCACUAAUAAAAGAUCAACCAGACCAGAAGAUGACCUAGUGGAGCUACUGUGGAGAGAUGGUCAAGUGGUUUUACAAAGCCAAGCUCGUAGAGAACCGUCAGUUCAAACCCACAAACAAGAAUCCCUAAGAAAACCCAACAACAUUUUUCUUGACAACCAAGAAACAGUACAAAAGCCUAGCAACUCUGUUCUUCAAGAUCAAGAAACCGUCUCCUGGAUCAAUUACCCUCCCGAUGACGUCAUCGACCCUUUUGAAUCCGAGCUCUCCUCUCAUUUCUUCUCUUCGAUCGAUCACGUCCACGGUCCAGAGAAACCACGAACGAUCGAAGAGACAGUUAAGCAUGAGGCUCAAGCCAUGGCUCCUCCUAAGUUCCGAUCCUCUGUUAUAAAAGACGGACCAAGCCAUUGCGGUAGCAACCAGUCUACCAAUAUUCAUCAAGUUACUACACUUCCGGUUUCUAUGAGUGAUAGAAGCAAGAACGUCGAAGAAAGACUUGACACUUCGUCAGGUGGCUCCUCCGGUUGCAGCUACGGAAAGAACAACAAAGAAACCGUUAGUGGAAGAAGCGUAACCAUUGACCGUAAAAGAAAACAUGUAAUGGAUGCUGAUCAGGAAUCUGUGUCUCAAUCAGAUAUAGGUUUGACCUCAACCGAUGAUCAAGCCAUGGGUAACAAAUCGAGCCAACGGUCAGGAUCUACUCGAAGAAGCCGUGCAGCUGAAGUUCAUAAUCUCUCAGAAAGGAGGAGGAGAGACCGGAUCAAUGAAAGAAUGAAAGCUCUUCAAGAACUCAUACCUCACUGCAGCAAAACAGAUAAAGCUUCGAUAUUGGAUGAAGCAAUUGAUUACUUGAAAUCACUUCAAAUGCAACUCCAAGUGAUGUGGAUGGGAAGUGGAAUGGCCGCAGCGGCUGCAGCAGCAACUACUCCGAUGAUGUUUCCCGGCGUACAAUCAUCUCCAUACAUUAAUCAGAUGGCUAUGCAAAGUCAGAUGCAAUUGCCUCAAUUCCCGGUUAUGAACCGGUCCGCUCCACAGAAUCAUCCCGGUUUAGUAUGCCAAACCCCGGUACAGUUUCAGCUCCAAACACAGAACCAAAUCUUAUCGGAGCAGCUCGCUAGGUACAUGGGCGGGUUUCCCCAGAUGUCGCUGGCGGCGAAUCAGGCCGUGCAACCGCCAGCAGACAUGUUGGGAUUUGGAUCUCCGGCGGGACCGCAAAGUCAACUGUCGGCACCGGCGACCACCGACAGUCUUCAUAUGGGUAAAAUAGCCUGACGUGGCAUAUAAUUUUCCUCCGGGAUUAUUCUUACUAGACAAUGAUUUUUAUUAUUUUUGGUCGCCUAAGCAUGAAACUUAAACAAGUGUAUUAUAUAGAUCUAAUAAGGUAGUCUUAUACUUAUAACUUAUAUUAAACAGUUAAAUUAUAUCAAUCAAGUGUUGAGUACCUAAAGAUAAAUGUAUCAAUAUUUUUAUAUUUUGUAUCAAUAUUGAUA